AUGUCACCAUCGCACUCAGAACCGCCCCCGGCCGUCUCCACUCUCCUGUCGUCGACCGGAGCUCCUUCUAUGCGCUUCCGCGUGCCUGGUUUCAAAAUCGGCAUUCGGGGGAGCAUGAUGCCUUACUCGGCAGCCCCGCAACAUCAGCAUCCAUCGUCCUUCCUCUCGGCCCAUCCCAUAUUUUUGAGGACGGGACCUUUGUUCCAAGACGCUUUGUACUUGUACUGCACUCCCAGCACCGGCGUAGCGGGAAACCCUAGCCAACGCUCACACCUCACACAAACAGCGUUUCUGGGCCGCAUGCUCUCAUCUCGAUAUUACGACCACCAAGACGAAGUCUUUGGAAAGGCAACCGGUACUUCAGACUAA